UCUCAGAUCAGGAGCAAACCUAAUCAAGAAAGAAGAGUAGCAGAGCCGUGUUUAAUCACUCACCAAGGACCGAUGGCGUUUCUGGGAGGAUCAUUGCGCGUGACGAGAAGCAUUAGCAGCUGGAAGAUGACGAAGGGGAAGAGCCACGGCGGGUUGGGGUCGUGGCCGCAGGCGCCGGCGCCCGUGAGGCAGCUUUUCUGGAGGGUGAGGCGCGCCGUGCUACGGCCAAAGCGCCGCGCGGCGAGUUUUGGGUACGACCUCAAGAGCUACUCCCAGAACUUCGACGAUGGCCUCAUCCCUGCCCACCGCCUCUAGCAACACCCGCAGCGUCUUCUUCUUCUUGUCUUCUUCGUUUCAAUUUUACUUGCCGCCCGGCCGGAGCACGGCUCGAGGCUGGAGACUAUGAAGCGUCGUCACCUUGUGAUUGUUCCUCUAGCUCAGCUACCAGUAUACUAGUAAAAAGAAAUUAGUUGGGAAAAUACCCAGUGUACUAGUACUAGAAAGUACUGUUCGUACACUAGUUGCUUAGUGUUGAAAGUCUGAAACUGCCAACGAAAUGACUUGUAUCUACUAUGUAAUCUGAAAGCCGUCACUUGCCACAAUGGAAUGGGAUUUCAGCAAUUUAUGUUUAA